AUGAAAACGCACCCCAGACGCGGUUUCUGGCUAAGUUCCAAAAACGAUGUCCAGUCUAAUAGCAGCGUCCAUUCCACUGUAGCCACGGAGAGGUCCUUCACGUCAUGUUCAUGUACCAGUGUCCAGUCCCGUUUUGCUUUUGAGCACAAGUACUUUUUAAACCCUACGCAGCUAUCUGUUAGUGUCCCUUCCCGUCUUGCUUUUGAGCACAAGUACUUUUUAAGCCUUCCGUAG